GGCCUCUUCUCUUUGUUCCCCACUCUCUGCCUAUUGCUAGGCUUUUCAGGAGGGUUUUCUUCCAUCUGGAAAGUGUAAUACCUCUGUUGCUUCUCUGACCUAUAAAGGCACCGGCUUUGGAUUGAAGCUGACUUGACAAGAGGCCACAUCUGGAACAUAUCUGUCAAUUUGGGGCGUGGGAAAGAGAGAGUCCGAUUUCAGCUGUUUGUGGGGGCUCCUAGAUUGGAGGGGUCCACACGGGAAUGCUGUUGCAUCUCCGAAUAGAGGAGGUGGGGGUUGCCUUGCAGGAGUGUGGAUAAAGUUGAAGAAGAAGAUUGCUGUAUUCUCACUUUCCCAUCUCCCUUUCAUGGGACUUCCAAGCCAGCCGACCCAGCUCUGUUACUCCUGGGAGGCUGUUGACUAUCAGAAUGAGUGGGGAUGUCCUCUAGCCACUCUUGACCCUGUGCAGUGCGGCAGGGGAGUUCCCAUUUGAGGGAGCCAAAAGUCCAACAGAACAGGCAUGGGCAUGCAAAAGCUGGUGGCAGUGGCUGUGGUCGUGGCUUUGGUUUCACUCGUUCUCAACAACGUGGCUGCCUUCACACCCAACUGGGUGUACCAAACGUUGGAAGAGGGGCGCAAGCGCAGCGUGGGGCUGUGGAAGAUGUGCUUCACAAGCAAAGGUGUGCUGGGUGGCAAUAAUCGCUUAGGUCAAGGGGACGAGAGGGAGUGCCAUUCACUUGGCUGGGGGUCAGAGCCAUCUGGCUUACAGGAAUCUCGCAACACAGUCAAGUUGCAAUUUGACAUGAUGAGGGCCUGUAACUUGAUUGCCACUGUUGCCCUGACUGCCGGUCAACUCAUCUUCCUGAUGGGACUUAUUGAGCUGCCCAUAGUUUCUCAGGAUUCCGAGUGGUGGGAAGAAGCCAUAGCUGCCGUAUUCCAGCUGGCUAGUUUUGUACUUGUCAUUGGGCUGGUGACAUUUUAUCGCAUUGGACCCUACACCCACUUGUCCUGGUCCUGCUAUCUUGACAUUGUUGCCUGCCUUUUGGCUACCUUGGCAGCUGCUAUCCUCAUUUGGAACAUUCUCCAUCGCCGAGAAGACUGCAUGGCUCCUCGUGUCAUUGUCAUCAGUCGAACCCUUACUGCGCGCUUCCGUAGAGGCCUUGACAAUGACUAUGUGGAGUCGCCAUGCUGAUGGCGGCACAGAAAUCACAAAGGCAAUUUAAAAUGAUAAGAAUUCAAUAUUGCUCUGCCAAAUAAUCAGCAAGGCAAAAAAAGAGAGAAAGAAAGAGUCCACAGGGCAAGGAAACAGAUCACAAGUCCAUAAUUAUUCAACGCACAUCUAUGUAUUAAGCCAUUCAUUAUUGUGCACAAGAAAAUAAUAAAAGCGAAUAUUUAACUUACUCUUGAUGGAAAACUAUGCCAAACCGAGUCUCUAAGGGACGUUUGUACAAAGAGCUGACUUGAGGGAUUCAAGCAAAAAUAGAAGAAUAACAGGUGAAGAUAUCUGCAUUACUUCUGCCUAUUGUGAGAUGAUGAUGAAUAUCUCUGCACCUUCUCAGUUCAUAUUUGGUACCAGCAGAUGUCAGAAUGCAUAGUCCUCAGUGGAAUAUCUGGCCUUAUGGGGCCCAUUUACCUUGUCCCGGAAGAGAAGUUGCAUGGUAUCAGGAAAUAUAAAGCCACCGGAUUGCUUUGAGGUUGCUCCGGCCCGUCAUACAAGGAGCUACUUUCCAAGACUACAAGUUUAGUACCAUUUAUAACAUGCCUUGUAGAUAGGCAAUAACAACUGGGUUGCAAGAACAGUCUGGAAAAAUACAGAAUCCAUUGUUUCUAAGCAGCCUAAUUCAAUAUAUUACAGCUUAUGCCGGUAAAUAAGCUCUAAAAUGGUUUGAUGAUGGAAGGUGACUAAAAUCUGUUUUGCUAGGUCACUUAGAUUUCAUGUGAGUAACACUCAGAUACCCUCCACCAAUCAUCUAUUGUACAGGAAUACCUAAUAAAAUCAUAUUUUAAUUUUUUGUAUUAUUUAUCACACGGUUUUGUAAAGUGUAAAUGAAUAAAUAAGUAAAAUAUAUAUGUAUAUCAAACCUA